GAUCACAGACACCGCCUUUUCCCCUACUCUCCCCUUCUUCCCCUUUCCCUGACCUCCAGCCUCUAGGCCGAUCACAGACAGACACCGCCUUCUUCCGAUUGCGUUUGGCAAAAGCGGGGGAAAAAAAAAAAGUCGGCGCGUGCCCUGCCUCUCCCUCCUCGUCGUCAAGUCGUCACCCACCUCCUCUCAUAUUGUGGUCUGGUGUGGAUUGGAGAUCUGCUCGGACUUGGACUGAGUUCCCCUUCCGUUGGACAUUCAUUGAGGCAGCAUGCCUAAGAUAAAAACAAGCCGUGUCAAGUAUCCUGAAGGAUGGGAGCUUAUUGAACCAACAAUCCGUGAGUUGGAUGCCAAAAUGAGAGAAGCUGAAAAUGAUCCACAUGAUGGGAAGAGAAAGUGUGAAGCUCUCUGGCCUAUUUUCCGUAUUUCUCAUCAAAGGAGCCGCUACAUAUAUGACCUUUACUACAGAAGGAAGGAGAUAUCACAGGAGCUUUAUGAGUUUUGCCUCGACCAGGGUUAUGCAGACCGUAACCUGAUUGCAAAGUGGAAAAAGCCAGGUUACGAGCGCCUUUGCUGCCUUCGGUGCAUACAGACACGUGACCACAACUUUGCAACGACCUGUGUCUGCCGGGUCCCCAAGCAUCUGAGGGAGGAGCAGGUGAUAGAAUGUGUCCAUUGCGGCUGCAGGGGUUGUGCCAGCGGUGACUAAUCUUGUCAUCAUGUUGUUGGGCUCACGAACUCAUCAUCGCAACCUAACCACAUGAGAUGUCCCGUGAGCAUGGAUUGGCUGCGGUGAUUAGCAUGAAUGUAUUGUGGUAACUAGUGGCGAAGACUAAAUUUCCUGACGUUUGGAUGUUUCCAACUGUUAUGUACUAUGACGAUUUCUCAUGCAACAAAUGCUUAUGUUAAGUUAAAUUAGUUAGCGCUUUUGCAUUUUA